UCGGGAUCGGCACCAUCGUCUGCGUGGAUCAGGCCAGUCUUUCUCAAAUGGUACCAAUUGAGAAGGCAUCUCUUCCUUCGGUCGAUCCUGCCAGUCCGCUUUAUGUUGUUUUCACAUCUGGUAGCACAGGGACGCCUAAAGGGGCAGUCAUCAGCCACUCUAACUUUACCAGUUCGAUCACGUACCAAAAAGGCUCCAUGGGCUUAACUUCUACCUGUCGGGUGAUAGACUUUGUGUCAUACGCAUUCGAUGUCGCAUGGGGGACCAUAUUGAAUACAUUCGCGGCUGGAGCCUGCCUUUGCGUCCCUAUGGAAUCGGAACGCCGUGGGGAUAUUAGUGCCGCUAUGCGUAGGUUGCAGGUUAACUACGCUUUUCUCACGCCGAGUAUAGCCCGUCUACUGGACCCGAUGGCUAUUCCACCCUUGCAAGGCCUCCUCCUGUCUGGCGAGGCUACUGAAUUGACAGACCUGCAGCAGUGGGCACCCCAUACCCUUCUUGUCCAUGCCUAUGGUCCUUGCGAAACCACUCCCUGGGCUACCCUCGAACCCUAUCGUCGUCCAACCGAUCGAAUUCAGCUGGGUGUCGGAAAGGGGUGCGUCACUUGGGUUGUUGAUCCAAACCGCGAAGAUCAACUAAGUCCCAUUGGCUGUACUGGGGAGCUAUGGCUCGAGGGCCCUAUUGUUGGCCUUGGAUAUUUCAAUGAAGUGGAAAAGACAGCGGCCAGUUUUGUAGACACGCCCCCUUGGUUGGCCCGGGGAUGUCCUGGUCACUCACCCCGGACAGGUCGUCUUUAUAAAACAGGUGACAUGGUUCGCUAUAAUCCAGACGGGGCCCUGGUAUUUGUAACCCGCAAAGAUGCACAGGUCAAGAUUCGAGGUCAACGCGUGGAGCUUCCAGAAGUGGAGUACCAUAUCCACCAGGUUUUACCAACCAACGCAGAUAUCCCAGUGGUGGCAGAGGUCAUCACACCAAAGGGAAGCAAAAGUCAAGCCUUAGUGGCGUAUCUCGCACUAGGCGAUCAAGCAACUGGAUCGGUUGACAGCAUACGCACGGCGCUCGGCUACUACACUGAUAUCUUAGGCUCGGGUUUACCACGAGCCCUGCCUAGUUAUAUGGUGCCGAACAUCUAUGUUCCUGUUGUUGAGAUCCCUCUAACUCACAAUGGCAAGACCGAUCGUACCCAGCUUCGUAGGCUGGGGUCCAGCCAAACACUAAGUCAGUUGCUUGAACUGCAGCCCUCCCGAGGCAGUGACCGUGCAGCAUCUACUUCUGUGGAGCUCGCACUGCAACAAUUAUUUGCAGAAGUCCUGAACAUUGACCUGGAACUCGUCGGGAUCGAGGAUAGCUUCUUUUCACUUGGGGGCGAUUCGAUUACAGCGAUGCAAUUGUCUGCGAGAUCACAAUCCGUCGACUUUUACAUUAAGGUGGCGGAUAUUUUCAAACACAAGACCGUGGCGCAGCUGGCGAGCCAUUCAGGAUCAGAGCGCGCAGAUGUUGCGUCUCUCAGUAUCAUAGAGCAGAUCGACACGCCCUUCAAGUUGUCGCCAAUGCAGCAAAUGUUCUUUGAUUUCCAAGAUGCGCAGCGGAACAUGUUCAAUCAGAGCUUCCUGGUCCACGUGUCUCGACCUAUCCAGCCUGACCGUCUUGAGGAUGCAAUAGAAAGAUUGAUCAUGCGGCAUACGAUGUUGCGAGCGCGCUUCAUGCAAAACUCGGAUAAUGUCUGGGCUCAAAAGAUUUUGUCCGAUUCGUGUGGCAGCUUUGAGCUUCGAACUCAUGACAUUGGUUCCCUCCGUGACGCGAGACCACUGCUUAACCAUAGUCAGGAACUGCUGGAUAUCGAGAGCGGACCCAUAUUUGCGGCUAAUUUGAUCAAUACGAGCGAAGAUGGUCAAUUUUUAUAUUUGGUCGCGCAUCACCUCGUCGUUGACCUCGUAUCCUGGAGAGUUCUUCUUGGUGACCUUGAAGAAUACUUGGUACAUGGAAGGAUCAGUGGCUAUCCAUCCUUGUCCUUCCAGGCAUGGUGUCAACUUCAGGCUGAUCAUGCUAGAGAUUAUCUGUCUCCGGGAGAUGCUUUUCCAUUUGAAAUCACCCCGCCGCUGUACGACUACUGGGGGUUCACUCCGGGCCCAGGCGCGAAUACUAUGGAUGCUACGGUCAAACACAGCUUCGUCCUUGAGAAAUCCCUGACCGACCUCCUCCUGGGACCUGCCAACUCCGUGUUCAAUACCCAGCCCGUUGAAAUUCUUCACGCAGCCCUUCUUCAUUCCUUUACACAGUCAUUCUCGGAUCGAGCAUCCCCUACGAUCUUUACAGAAGGACAUGGCAGAGAAGCCUGGGAUUCUGCGAUUGACCUUUCCAGGACUGUUGGGUGGUUUACAACAGUCUUCCCAGUGGUGGCUGCCGCUACCAAGGACGACAAGAUGACUGACAUCGUUCGUCGAACUAAGGAUUGCCGCCGGCAGAUACCAGGCAAUGGGAGGCCCUAUUUCGCCUCGCGAUAUCUUAAUUCAGAUGGACAGGAGGCCUUCCGUAUCGGUGGACCGGUUGAAAUCAUCUUUAAUUACCUUGGACAGUAUCAGCAGCUAGAGCGACCAGAUGCGCUUUUCCAGCAGUCAAAUGUCUCUAUAUCGGAACUAGCCGAUGCCGCUCCCCACGUUUCUCGUUUUGCUUUAAUCGACGUUGCAGCAUAUGUCACUCAUGGCCAGCUCCAGGUAGAGUUCUUAUACAAUCGCAAUCUGCAGCAUAGAAGCAAGAUCGAGGGUUGGAUCGCCAAAUGUGAGCAGUCACUCACGAUGGCAGCACACGAACUCCCUCUCCUAUCUCCGACCUACACCAUUUGCGACUUUCCCUUGAUGUCUUUGACUGAAGCGUCGCUCGAGUUCCUUGUUAGUGAGGCUUUACCUGCACACUCCCUCUCCUAUGGCCAGAUCGAGGAUGUCUAUCCCUGUUCUCCUAUUCAGCAAGGAAUCCUGAUGAGCCAAGCAAAGGAUCCGGAGCUGUACUGGACAAGGGUGAGGUGGCUUGUGCAGCCCACAGGACCUUCGCCAGUGGAUUGCCCCCGCCUGGAACGGGCCUGGCAGCGAGUGGUCGACCGCCAUCCUAUUCUUCGAACGGUCUUUAUUGAUAGUGUCCGGCCUGGAGGCGUCAAGGAUCAAGUCGUCGUGAAAGCGAUUGAUGCCGAUGUCCAGAUGCUGCAAACUGAGACGCUUACUGACCCUGUAACGGGCUGUCAGUGGCAUACAGACGUGGCCAGCAAGCGAGAUUCACCUCAACAUGCAUUGACCUUGAGUCAAUCGACGUCGGGUACAGUCUUCUGUGACCUGGAAAUCAACCAUGCCAUGAUGGACGCCUAUUCCUUAGGCUUGCUUCGACAGGAGCUCUGUGCUGUAUAUACUGGCAGUAUUUCACCUACCGCAGGGCCUUCGUAUGAAGCUUACGUGCGUUACAUUCAGAGCUUGCCCGUCGACUCAGAUAAGGACUUCUGGAUGGGCUACCUUCGCGAUGUUCCUGUCUGCAACUUUCCCGCUCUGGGACAACCUGAACUCGCAAAUUCGAAUGCACGCCAGUCCGUCUUCCUAGAUCUGGAUGAUCAAACGCACCUUGCGCUCCGGAAGUUCUGUCAGCAAUCUGAAAUCACACCAUCCAGUAUCUUUCAUCUAGCGUGGGGGCUUGUGCUACGCGCUUAUACCGGUUUAGAGACCGUAUGCUUCGGCUACUUAACCUCUGGACGUGACAUUCCAAUCCCCGGCGUGGAAAGGGCCCUAGGCCCAUUUAUCAACAUGCUGGUAUGCCGACUCAACCUCGGCCAGCCAUUUUCUAUCAUGAAAACUCUGCAGCAAGACCAGGAAGACUACAUUGCCGCCCUCGAAUAUCAACACACUCCAUUAGCUAGGAUUCUACAAUUCUCCGGGCAGCCUGGUCAAGGGCUCUUUAACACCGGCAUAUCAGUACAGGGUGGCAUAGUCCCUCCGAGCACGGAAAGCGAAAUCUCUUUCAUCGACCAGACAGGUCAAGACUCCCCGGAGUAUGACAUCGCGAUUGCAAUUUCCCAUGACCAAGACGCCACCAGCCUAGCCCUGGACUUUACCAACGCGGUACUAUCCAAAGAUGGAGCGGAGCAAAUUGCGGCGCUGUUCCAACAGGCCGUCGUAGAGGUGAUCGAUUAUCCUGAACAAAGCGCUAGAGAUGUGAACCUGAUGAGUCCCCGACAUGUGGAGGAUAUCUGGUCUUGGAACGCCCAUGUUGCAGAACCAGUCAAAGCAUGUGUGCAUGAUCUCAUUGAAAGACAAGCACAUCUGAGGCCUCAAGCCGCAGCUAUCAAUGCAUGGGAUGGUGAUCUAACUUACAAAGAGCUCAAUCAUCUCUCCACGCGACUUGCACGACACCUGGUUGACUUGGGCGUCUGUGCUAAUAACGACGCAAUCCCCCUUUGCUUUGAGAAAUCAAUGUGGAUGUCAAUUGCUGCGCUCGCAGUGAUGAAGGCAGGAGGCACCUGCGUGGCGUUGGAUACGACUCAGCCAGAGGAGCGCCUACGAGCAAUUGUGCAUGAUAUCGAACCGUCUUUGGUGUUAUCAUCUCAUGCCAACCAUAAGCUCGCCAAGGGGCUGACUGACACGCAUGUUCUUCCCAUUGAGCAAUCUCUAUUCUCCCAGCUCCCAGUCCCAGACACUGGAAACCUACCAGCAGUGGCUCCAUCGAGCCCACUCUAUGUGGUCUUUACCUCCGGCAGUACAGGCAAACCCAAAGGUACCACAAUCAGCCAUACCAACUUUGCCAGCGCGAUUAUUCACCAGCCGGCCCUUCUCGCACUGGACCCUGAUGCUCGUGUUUUCGACUUUGUCUCGUACGCAUUUGACGUAGCCUGGUCGAAUAUGCUCCAUACUUUGGCUGCCGGGGCAUGCUUGUGCGUUCCCUCUGAGUCGGUGCGCCGAGAUGGCACCGCAGAAGCUCUGGAGGCCAUGCAGGUCACGCAUGUCCAAUUCACCCCGUCUAUGGCUCGCACAAUAGAUCCGAACCAGGUCAAAUCUUUGACUACUCUCAUUCUUGGAGGCGAACCACUGUCAAAACAGGACAUCGCUACCUGGGCGCCGCGAGUAAACCUCCGGAUGGCUUAUGGCCCGGCCGAAUGUACAGUCGCGGCUACGAUGACUGCUGUCAACCUAGAAUCCGGACAAGUUGGCAAGAUCGGCCGUGGUAUUGGUCUUAACACCUGGGUUGUUGGUGAAGCAGGCCUAGCCCCCGUUGGUGCCGUUGGCGAAUUAUGGCUGGAAGGUCCCCUCGUGGGACUCGGUUAUCGCGGUGAGCCCGAAAAGACUGCUGCAAGCUUUGUGGAAGACCCGGGAUGGCUUCUACAGGGGUCCUCCCUGAUACCAGGUCGACGAGGCCGACUUUACCGGACCGGAGAUCUCGUCCGGUAUAAUUCCGAUGGAAGUCUUGUUUAUGUUGGCCGCAAGGAUAGUCAGGUCAAGGUUCGUGGUCAGCGUGUAGAACUGGAAGAAAUCGAAUUCCAUCUUCAUGCUGCUCUUUCUCAGGCUGUUGAGGCCGUCGUGGAGGUCAUCAAGCCAUUGGGCAGUGCGAAUGCAAUGCUUGUGGCCUACCUCAAUGUCGGACGAACCAUCGAUUCAUCCUUGGAGAGCAUUCACGCAGCAAUGAGUCCCUACACGGCAGGGCUCGCAGAUGCUCUUUCCCAAAAGCUACCCCAAUUCAUGGUGCCUACAACUUAUGUCCCUAUAGCAGAAAUUCCAAUGACCAUCAGCGGCAAGACGGAUCGCCGGCGACUACGCGAUAUGGGAUCGUCAUUAAAUCUUAACCAGCUCGCACAGAUGCAACCAACGCAGGGCCAGCGACAGCUACCUCAAACUGAGGCCGAGCUGCAGCUUCAGAAGCUCUGGGCUGAGGUGCUUAAUAUCGACCAGCGACAGAUCGGAACUCAUGAUAGCUUUUUCUCUUUGGGAGGUGACUCGAUCUCUGCUAUGCAGCUUUCUGCCAAGUCACGAUCAGCAGGCCUCCGAGUAACAGUGCCUGAUAUUUUCAAGCUCGGCACCAUUGCAAAAAUCGCGCCUAGUGCAAUAAGUCGGACGGAGCAGCAACUCCUCGACUGGGAGAGCAAAGAAGACGAAUCGUUCGAACUCUCACCCAUCCAGCAGAUGUUCUUUGAUACUGCCAAAUCCAACCACUUCAACCAGAGCUUUUUCAUCCGCAUCACACGCUCAGUUCAGUCUGAGGAUAUUCAGCGGACGCUUAAGAUUGUGGUGGCUGAGCAUGCGAUGUUGCGCGCUCGCUUUGAUCAAGAUGCUGAUGAACACUGGACUCAACGGAUUGUGCCCUACGCCCCAGACUGCUAUCGAUAUGAGCGGCACUGCGUGAGGACUCUUUCUGAGGCAUCGCAAAUCUUGGACAGAAGCCAACUAUCCCUUGAUAUUCACGCUGGCCCGGUAUUCUCCGUGGAUCUGAUUGAUACUAGCACCCAGGGCCAAUACCUAUUCCUCGUGGCUCAUCACCUAGCCGUUGACUUGGUUUCAUGGAGGAUCAUCCUUGGCGACAUGGAGGAACAUUUAACCACUAGCAAGGUCUCGGGUUUCAAACCUCUACCUUUCCUGACCUGGACCCGACUCCAAGCUGAGUAUGCCAGAGAUCAGUUGGUCCCCAAAACUGCUUUCCCUGUCGAAAUUCCUGCACCCCAAGACUACUGGGGUCUGGACCCUGCGAUCAACACCUUCGAAAACACCGUUCACAGCACUUUCAGCCUGAGUAAAGAGGUCACCGAUAGCCUUUUAGGACCUGCUAAUCAGGCACUUGAUACACAGCCAGUCGAGAUCCUGCAGGCAGCGUUACUCCAUUCGUUCAUCCGUACAUUCCAGGAUCGUCCGGCCCCCACCAUCUUCAGUGAGGGACAUGGGCGCGAACCCUGGGACUCAGCAAUCGACCUGUCACGUACAGUAGGCUGGUUUACUACGAUGAGCCCCACGGUUGUCCCUGCUUCGGUCGAGAACGAGGAUACCUUGUAUGAUAUCGUCCGCCGUACCAAGGAUGGUCGCCGACAGGUGCCGGCCAAUGGUUGGCCCUACUUCACUUCUCGCUACCUAAAUGACGACGGGAGGAAGGUAUUUGGAGGCUAUGGUCUUCCCGAAGUCACUUUCAACUACAUGGGUCUCUACCAGCAGCUCGAACGCCAUGAAUCCCUUUUUGCGCCAGCCAAUCCACCUGAAUGCAGUCUCUCGGACGUUGCCAAUGAAAUGGGCCGUUUUGCGCUAAUUGAAGUCAUGGCAUCGGUUUCUCAGGGUCGCCUUGAAUUUGGCUUCAUGUUUAACCGACAUAUGAAGCAUUCGGGGGACAUACCAACCUGGAUAGCUCAGUACGAAUCCUCGCUGCAAACUGCCGCGCAAGAGCUACCUCAGCGUCCACCCAGCUACACACUAUGUGACUUCCCGCUACUUUCCUUGACCGAGCCAGCCCUGCAGAAGCUAAAUGAUCACAUCCUUCCCCAUCUUCGGCUCGCCCACGGCUUGGUAGAGGACAUCUAUCCUCUCACACCAAUCCAGCAGGGAAUAUUGUUGAGUCAAGCGAAAAGUCCUCAUCUCUACUGGACUCGCAUUCGGUGGCUCAUACGACCGUCAAGGCGUUCCCCCUCAGUUAGUAUUGAUCGAAUCGUACAAGCUUGGAAGCGCGUUGUUUCCCGGCAUCCGGCGCUCCGGACGGUGUUUGUGGAGAGCCUUUGUCCCCAUCGCUUCAAGGAUCAACUAGUGAUGAAAGCCAGCGAGCCCGAGAUCCAUUUAAUCUCUUCCUCCGAUCCGCCGGCAGCCCUUACGAGCCACUGGGAGUCCAAAGCGCACGUACACAAGCCACUUCACUCCCUGGUUUUAUGCCCAACACCCUCUGGAGACGGCAUAUUCUGUGACCUUGAGAUGAACCAUGCCAUUACUGAUGCGACCUCCACGGCACUGCUAAAGCGCGAGAUAUGUGCCUCGUACGACAACAUGCUUCCGGACACUACGGGACCACUAUACAGUGAUUAUAUCCGUCAUAUCCAGAGUGUGAGUGUUGAGGCAAGCGUCAACUACUGGAAAGAGUAUCUCGAAGGGGUCAAUGCCUGUCUUUUCCCGUCUCUUUGUGAACCCUCCGAGGGCCGUAAGUCCAGAGGUUCCACAACACGUUCGCUUGAUAGGGAAACCCACUCUAUUCUGCGUGCAUUCUGCCAACAGAACGGAUUCACCCCAGCAAACCUCUUCCAACUGGCCUGGGCCCUUAUUCUGCGUUGUUAUACUGGUUCUGACACAGUGUGCUUUGGCUAUCUGAUGUCAGGGCGGGAUGUUCCUGUCGAAGGAGCCGACCGAACCAUCGGACCAUUCAUCAAUUUACUUGUGAGCAGGAUCCAUCUCGGUAAUGAGGAAUCCCUUGUCACCAUGAUGCAACAGAAUCAGGCCGAUUUCGUGAGCAGCCUCAACCACCAGCAUAGCUCUCUAGCGCAAAUUCUUCGAUCCUCUGGUGCAUCAGCGGACACUCUAUUCAACACAGUUUUGUCCGUACAGGGGAUGGGCCUCAAGGCCUGCAGCGACGAUGAUGAGUUUAGCCUUCGUCUGGACGAGCAAGAUGGUUAUGACCCAACAGAGUAUGAUAUUAUGCUAAAUGUUGGCCUUGGGGGCGAAGACACUGCGGUUACAUUCACCUAUCACCAGUCACUUCUAUCUGAACAACAGGCCGAAAGUCUGGUACAAUCUCUGCUGCAAGCGGUAGUAGGAAUCAUUCGUUCGCCCGCCAAAACUGCCGCCCAAGUCGACCUUGCAGGCCACCGUGACCAAGAGCUCAUCUGGAGCUGGAAUGCUACCGUUCCGCCCACGAUUGACGCGACCAUACAUGGUUUGAUUGCCGACCAAGUCCGACAACGACCCGAUGCACAGGCAAUCUGCGCGUGGGAUGGCGAGUUCACAUACCGGGAGUUAGACGGUCUCUCAACUCGCCUGGCCCUUCACCUUGGGGCCCUCGGGGUCGGAGCCAACAGCAUCGUCCCGCUGGUAUUUGAAAAGACCCGGUGGAUGCCGGUGUCUGCUCUCGCAGUGAUGAAGGCUGGUGGCGCGUCCGUGGCUAUGGACGCUACGCAGCCGCCGGAGCGCCUCCGUGUGAUGGUGCAGCAGGUUCAACCCGCUCUUCUCCUGUCGUCCCGCGACAAUUAUCUUAUCGCUCAGACCCUAGGCGCCCAAAUGGCAGUUGCGAUCGACGAUAUGACGCUCUCCGACAUCUCCAUUCCAUCAAAUCUAGUAUGUCCGUCAGUGGAUCCGUCACAAACACUAUACGUGGUUUUCACAUCGGGCAGUACAGGCACGCCAAAGGGAGUCGUCGUCAGCCACUCUGACAUGAGCAACUCCAUACUCUACCAGCAAGAGGCCAUAUCGUUCGGUCCGAACGUUCGUCUCUUCGACUUUGUGUCCUACGCCUGGGAUGUGACCUGGUGCAACCUGCUCCACCCGCUGGUCGCCGGCGGCUGUCUCUGCAUACCCCACGAGUCGCAGCGCCGGGCUGAUAUCGAGAAGGCCAUGUGUCAGUUCCAGGUUAACUAUGUCACUCUGACCCCCACCGUUGCUCGGCUGCUCAAUCCGGUAGAGACUCCGUGCCUCGAUACUCUGGCACUGGUUGGGGAGCCUCUACUUCACGCUGAUGUCGUGCAAUGGGCACCGCACGCGCAUGAGAUCCUUAACACCUACUCACCUUCUGAAUGCCCCGGAGCGGAUAUCGUUUUUCAGGUUCCCCGAAACUACCCCCGGGACCCUCCCCUCGGCACUGCCGUCGGCUGCAACACCUGGGUCGUUGAUCCUACGGAUGUAGAUCGCUUGGUUCCCGUGGGCGGCAUCGGUGAGCUUUGCUUAGAAGGCCCCAUGGUGGCCCGGGGUUACCUUGGGCUCCCAGAACGUACUGCACAGAGCUUCGUGGAGAACCCUAGCUGGCUGCGCCGCGGAAGCCCCGGCUUCUCAGGUCGACAGGGCCGGGUUUAUUGCACCGGAGAUCUCGUACGCUACAAUUCGGAUGGCUUACUCUUCUAUGUCGGCCGGAAGGAUGGGCAAGUCAAGAUUCGCGGCCAGCGUGUGGAGUUGGGCGAGGUGGAGUCCCAUGUGCGGCAGGGCAUUCACGACGUUGACGAUGGCUCCGUCUUGGCCGCUGUUAUCAAACCUCAAGGCAGCAACAACCCUAUGCUCGUCUGUUUCCUCGGCCUGGGCGAGGUCGCCGCCGCGUCUACUGAUCAGGUUCGAGCCGUCCUGGCGGAUCGUACCCGGGGUCUAGACGAGUACCUCGCCAGAAGACUCCCACGAUUCAUGGUCCCCAGUGCCUAUAUUCCCGUCGUCGACAUUCCAAUGACCGUGUCGGGCAAGACUGAUCGAUCUCGUCUAGUUCAAGCCGCAGCCUCGCGUACCCUGGCCGAGCUGGCCGAGCUGCAACCUUCUCGGGGUGCACGCCAGGCCCCAACAACCGACAUGGAGUGGCUCCUGCAAGGUUUGUGGGCUGCCGUCUUGGGCCUUGAUGCCAGCAUGAUCGCCGCCGAUGAUAGCUUCCUCCGCAUUGGCGGCGAUUCAAUCGCAGCCAUCCGCUUGGGCCAGCGGGCCAGCGACGAAGGCUUGUCGCUGGCAGUCCCUGACAUCUUCGCCAACCCUCGUCUUUGCGACAUGGCCCUGUGUCUCCGUGAAGGCCGGUCCUCUUACCAUAACCCUCGGCCUUUCUCGCUGCUUUCCCUUCCUCCUUCUUCCCUUCCCUCUUUCCUCGAAAGCUCCGUUCUUCCGUUACUCGACUGUCCUCAGACCCAGAUCAGCGAUGUCUAUCCCACUACCGAGUUACAAGACUUCUACGUGUCGUCUGCGCUGGAUGCACGAAAGAGUGAAAUCGAGCACAUCUACAUGGAUCUCCCGGUGGGUGCAGACAUUGCCCUUGUCCGUCAGAGCUGUGUAGCGUUGUGGCAGCACCUAGACAUCCUGCGCACCGUCUUCAUUGUCGACGGCCACCGCCAGCUGCAAGUCGUGCUCAACCCUGAUGAGCCCGACAUUGUCAUUCAUGAAGCCCAUGGUGACUUGGCAGCGUGUGCCGAGGUUGUCUAUCGCCGUGACCUCGACAGCCCUCUGGAGCAAGGUCGCUCCUUCACUCGAUUCUUCAUCACGCACACUCCGGGCGGUGGCAUCCGGUUGACCAUCCGCCUUUCUCACGCGCAAUAUGAUGGAUUCAGUAUGCCACUAAUCUUCUCGUGCUUUGCCGCCUUCUACAGAGGCGAGUCGCCAGCCCCAGAGCCCAAGUUCUCGGGAUAUAUUCGACACGUCCAACAGCAGCAACAAACCGCGCAUCCCUACUGGCGCUCUCUCCUGGAAAACUCCUCCAUAACCCCUGUGAAGUCUCUUUCAGCUGUCGAUGGCCGCUGUCUCCCCAAUCAACAUGUCGGUGGGAUGAUCCAAGCCAAGAAGAGCAUCCCUGCUCCACAACCUCGCCAGGGACUCACUCCGGCGACAGUGUUUACCACUCUCUGUGCGCGCAUGUUGGCCAAGGUCGCCGACGCCACCGACGUGGUCUUCGGUCAAAUCGUCUCCGGUCGGGCCUCGCUUCCCGCUACCCUGCAGAACGUUGCUGGACCAUGCGUCAAUACGAUUCCGGUUCGAGUGCGGGUGACCCCCAGUCAGGUCCUCGAGCAGCAACUGGACUCGGUCCACGAACAGCACAUUAAGGGUCUGCCCUACGAGAACAGCCAAUUCGGUGACAUCGCGGCCCACUGCACGAACUGGCCCGUCGAUUCUCGCACGCCAGAGCUCGUCGUUCAGUUCCAGAAUCUGGACAACAUGGAGCAUGACGCCGGCACCAGUAUCCUCGAAGCUGAGAAUACGUUGGCGGCUUAUAUGCGCGAAGGUCGACCGAUCUACGCGGACUUCAUAUUCAUUCUGGCGAAACCCGUCGGAGAGUCCUGGAAUCUAUCGGUCAUAGCCAGUUCGAAGUUCCACACCCAGCACAUGCUCAACGUUGUGCUCGAGGAGCUAGAGCAGGAAAUUGCGAACUGUUGAUUUCACCUUUCUUGUUGGGGCUCUUCAUGACAUGUUUGCUCAUCUUCCUGUCAAGCUCUAAUGAUUGUAUUGGUUUAUCGGUUUCUAGACUGCUGUAUCGUUUUCGGGGUUUAUUCUUCAGUUUGUUUUUUGGCGUGGAUUCAAGACUAAUUUAUUUCUGGAGGAGUACUUUUUUUAGAGCCCAUUUUCUUUCCUGAUCUUUGUCUAGGUAUUUAGCGUCUCAGACUAGUUCCUAAUAAUUUUGGUAAUUUAU